AAUUACAUUUAAAUAUUUCAUUACUCAUUUUAACUUUAAAGUAUUUGCUAUAAGUCUAGAACCGUAUGUUCCAGUUUUCAGACUUAAUGUUGUUUGAAACUUUAGUAAACAUAAAAAUUAAGUAAAGCUUUAUUACCUAACCAGUCAUACUUAACAUAAAUUAGUACAUUUACAUUGAAUUGAAUAACAAGAGAAUCCAGUUUCUUCAUAAUUUGUUGCGUUUGGAUUUGUGUCAAGUAUUAUUCAGAUUAACCACAGCGAACCGGUUUGUCAGCGGAUCCCCUCCAACUUACUGUGUAGUCUGUUGAAUGUACUCCGGUGUCCGGUAUUUGGUACCAAACUAUAGUAAAGUAGUACUACUAUUAUUAUACUACCUUAGUGGGUACUGUUAUAAUUAGUUUCCGUUCGUUUUGAAAAAUCUACUGACUGACUCUAUAUAGGAGAUGGCUUGUCGCGCAUUACAUUUCGUGUUUAAAAUUGCCGAGAGAACGAAAACCAUCAAGUUCUUUAGAGAACUUUUGGGAAUGAAAAUAUUGAGGCAUGAAGAAUUCACUCAAGGCUGUGAAGCGGCGUGCAACGGACCAUAUGACAACCGUUGGAGUAAGACUAUGGUCGGAUAUGGACCAGAAGACAGUCAUUUUGUAAUUGAACUUACCUACAACUAUGGAGUUGAUGAUUACAAACUUGGAAAUGAUUUCCUUGGAAUAACAUUAAAAUCUUCAAAAGUGUUAGAAAAUGCUAAAUCGCUCGGUUGGCCUGUUGAUGUUGAGGACAAUAUGUCUUAUGUUGUCGCACCAGGAGGAUAUAAGUUUUAUGUGAUUGAUGAACCUCAACCUGUUGAUAAAGAUCCUGUUGUAAAUGUCAUGUUAUCAUCUACAAAUUUAACAAAAUCUAUGAAAUUUUGGAACGGAAUACUUGGCUUAAACAUUUUCAAUCAAAAUGAAUCUUCAAUAGAAUUAGGAUUUGGCGAAGAUCAAGCUAAAUUGAAAUUGAGAGAUAUUGGAGAGCCUAUUAACCAUGCCACAGGAUAUGGAAGAAUAGCAUUUGCAGUUCCUACAUCUGAGUUAAAAAGUUACCAAGAAAAUGCUAUAAAUAAUCAAUAUAAAAUUUUAACUCCUUUCGUAACCUUAGACACACCAGGAAAAGCUUCAGUUUCUGUUGUGAUUUUUGCUGAUCCUGAUGGUCAUGAAAUAUGUUUUGUUGGAGAUAAAGAAUUUCGUGAACUAUCUCAAUUUGAUGCAAGUUCUGAAAAGCAAUUAGAUAAAUACAUUGUUAAAGAUGAAGCAAGAAAAUUGAAAAAUUAAAUGUUUAUGAUUACAAUAACAUUUUUUAAAAUUUAUAUUUCUAAAUUUGUAUAACCAACACACAUUUUUAGUUUUAUUCAUUGUUACACAAAAAUAUUAUUAGAGAUAAUGGGUUAACUUAUUUUGAAAAUUAUAUAAUAUUACUUAAUAAAAUACUGUUGAUAAUAUGUAUUUAUAUAUUGAACAUUACUACUCAUCUAAUUAUUCUAAAAUCUAAAUCUAAUGUUCAUAAGAGAUAUGUUAUUUCAUGUUUGGCGUAUUAUUGGUGUAUUCAUUUUAUAGACAAGAAUAUUAUUUAAAGCAGAAAAUAAUAAGAUUAUUCAUUUUUAGACAUUUAUAAUUUAUAAUAAACCGUAUUAAAAAUAUUUA